AUUUAGCUUGGUAAUAAUAAUUAUAGUAUUAAUUCACCAAGCUAAUUGUGGUAGACGCAUCAAUCAAGCUGGCCUGCAAUUGAUUAAACUAUCCGAGGGGUUUAUGCCCAAUUAUUACUAUGAUCAAAUUGGUCUGAAAACAAUAGGCUAUGGACACGCUUGCAAAUGGCAAGGGUGUGGCCAUAUUAGACCGCCCCUAACCGAGCACCAGGCUACCAAAUUGUUGAUAACUGAUCUGGUUCAAUUUGAAAAAUGUGUCAAACAAUUGGCACCUGGACUCAACGAUAAUCAGUUUGCAGCCUGUGUAGACUUUGCCUUCAAUAUGGGUUGCGGUGCAUUCACCGGGUCGUCAGUGUUGGCCAAUAUCCGGGSCSGACGYUGGCAACAGGCGGCCGACUCGUUUCGCCAGUAUAACCGGGCCGGCGGWCGGGUAAUUGCCGGACUAACUGUCCGCCGGGAAAGGGAUCGUCAAUUGUUUUUGMGACGUUAACACYACCCCUCACCCCCACCC